CACCACCCCCGUCAAUUAAGAACUCGGCAAAAGUUGAUGAAAUAAUGUUAAGAGUUUUACAAGUAAACCCUUCAUAUUUUAUACUGUGUAUGAUUUAUUUGGGCAUUUCAUGAAUGAUUCUGCCUGAUAUCUGUCUUGUAUAGGCCUACUUGAUAGAAAUCAUUAGGCCUACUGUAUGGUUGACAAACAUACCCAAAGUUUGCAGGCAAAAAUCGGCUGUAUAUAGAAGUUACUUACAUCUUGGACAUAAUAACGAAUUUGUGUCGUUUUUAUGUCCAAGUAGUUUACAUUGAUGAAGUUACGUGCGUACAUUGCGGAAUGGACCGGAGUAAAUGAUAGUAAACGAUAGUAAAGACGUGUAGACGCGAACGUACAUGUAGGCCUAUGUCUUGUUUGAACACCUAAUAAAUAUAUAAAUAAAUAAAUAUCAGGUUGUAAUUAAGUCAUCUCACUGAGUGGGUCAGUACUCGCAUCCAGACUAUCUCUCGAAAGCCUCAUACCUGUAUCUCAAGUUUAUAUCGGCAUUUUAGCCGAUUAAUUACGAUGUCAGAUAGAUGGAUCUAGCGGUACCUGGAUCUAAAGAUACGUGGGUUUAUAGGAAACUGUUGGUGGAUCUAUCGGAACGUAAAUAUAAGGAGACGUAAAUCUGUUGAGACGUGUAUGUAUAGAGACGUAUCUAUCGGGACGAAUAUUUUAUUGGGACGUUUAUCUAUAUGGCGGACCCCGACUAUAGUAUGGUAUUAUGAAGUUGUUUUCUGUGGAAACAAGGAGACAGCCGAGCGUGGACCAGUGCGUAUUGUGUUGUAUAGUGCCAUCUAUCGGAAUAAGCUGUAUUGAAUAAAUCUUUACGAACGUGGCAACGCAGACAUAAUCUGGACCAUUAGCUAUUGGGGAUAGCCAUAUAAUAAGGCAGCUUUAAUGUUGCUGAGUACGGAGUAGAAUGCUUCUCUGCACUGAGACUGGAGUAUGCUUUUACUCUAGGUAACCUUAGCAUACCGUACUUAAAAGAGAGGUUCACAUAGUAAAUUGUGAUGUCCCAGCUAUCGUCUAACCUACGAGGCUCUGCUAGCUACGUAUGGUCAACAAAUGAUCCUCUCGGGCAGGGAGCCACGGGAGCUGUAUACAGGUGUCGACACAAGCGUACAGGAGAGGUGUUUGCUGUGAAGACCUUUAACACAGUCAGUCACUACCGUCCACUUGAUGUCCAGACCAGAGAGUUUGAUGUGGUCAGGAAGUUAAACCACAGAAAUAUUGUGUCCAUGGUGGCCAUUGAGGAAGAGCAACAUACAAGAAACCGUAUCAUUGUGAUGGAACUGUGCGACUGCUCUCUGUACAACAUGUUGGAAAAACCUGAGAAUGCAUUUGGUCUGGAAGAAGUUGAAUUUCUGGAAGUAUUAAAUGAUGUUGCUGAAGGUAUGAGAUAUCUUCGUGAUCAGAAUAUUGUACACAGAGACAUCAAACCAGGAAAUAUAAUGAGAAGCAUUGGGGAAGACAAACAGUCUAUAUAUAAAUUGACGGACUUUGGUGCAGCUAGAGAGCUGGAAGAGUCGGAACAGUUUGUAUCAUUGUAUGGAACUGAGGAAUAUCUGUACCCAGACAUGUACGAGCGAGCAGUUCUACGGAGGCCUGUCCAGCAAUUGUUUGGGAAGGAGGUGGACUUGUGGUCACUAGGGGUCACUUUGUACCACACAGCCACAGGGCACCUGCCGUUUCAACCCUUUGGUGGGAGACGGAAUAAAGAAGUGAUGCAUAAAAUCACAGCAGACAAGGACUCUGGUGUGAUCUCAGGGAUACAGUCUACAGAGAAUGGUCCUAUAGAAUACAGUACAGAACUUCCUAACACAUGUCAGCUGUCAAAAGGACUUAAACUUCUAGUCACACCAUUAUUAGCAGGGCUUAUGGAAAAUACAUCAUCAAGAAUGUGGACAUUUGAUCAGUUUUUUGCCACUGUAAAAGACAUAAUGAAGAAGGUGGUAGUAUACGUUUUCUCCACGGCCACCUGUGAAUGUUUGUCUAUAUACAUCAACAAGACUGAGACGUACGCCAAGUUUCAAGAUGCGAUAGCAGAACAGACUGAUAUCAGAGCAAGUGCGCAGUUUUUACUGUUUCAAAAUCACCAUUUUACCAAAAUAGUGCAAUCAAUGACACUGGUGGAGAGAUAUCCAAAGACGUCACCACAGGAUCCAGUUUUCUUAUAUUUCACUGAUGUGGAUUCAGCAUUAUUCACCAGACUACCAGAAUUGCAAAUACCCAAAUACCCCAAGUUUGGGACCAGCAUCUCUCUUGAGAAUGACUACCCUCUAGCCAAGAAGUGUGCUGGUAAUACAGAGUAUAUAGUAAGAAAACUGAGGCUGAUCAAUCUACAACAGGUGCUCCUUGAUAAAGCUAUGACCAUGUACAUACAAAUCAUAAAGUUUGAGAUAUCAGGCUACCAGGAAUCCAAUGUCUUUAUUGUUAUCAUGAUAACGGAGACACACAAACGUCUGCAGACUGCGACAAGGUCUCUGAACAGGAUAGUGUGCGUGGUGCAGGGCUUGGCGUCACUGCGCGGGGAGCAGGCGCCCAAUGAGGUGCGGUUUCUUGAGGAGGAUUUACAGGCAGCAGAGAAUCAGCUUGCUGUCCCCUGUCAGGAGGCAGUGAAAUCCACAGAAGAGUUGAAAAGUUAUGUCCAUCAGUUCUGUCAAGGUGUAGUCAUAGAUGAUGAGUUGUCUAAAAGAUGGAAAUCAAACUGGGGCUGCUUGGAAACAGAGAGAUGUGUUGAGAAGGGACUGGUCCUGUCAGAGCAGAUCAACAAAACUAUGGAGGAAUUUAAAAGGGACAAACAGUUGAAGAGGUUACCGUACAAUGAUGAGCAGAUUCACAAGUUUGAAAAGAAUAAAAUGAAUGAAAACUGCACCAAGGCAACUUCUCUUGCAAUGGAUCAUUGUUACCCAAACCUCAGAAAAGUUUUCAAGAAAUUUGAAGAAGCUUUCUUGUUUGUCUGUACAUUUAUCACUAAGCUGGGCAAGAUCAAGAAAAGAAUAGACAAUCUUACUGAAAAACAAAGCAGACUGUCAACCAUCUUAGAUGAGAAAAUGGAACAUUGUUUAAGAAAAUUUGAGACAGUUUCUGAUCUUCUAAGCUCUGGAGGAAAAAGACAGGAAACAUCCCCCCUGGUUGGUUCUGCUGUUGCUAAGCAACAAGGUACUGGCUCUAGACCUUCUUCAGGAAAAGCCAAGGAAAGGGAAAACCAGCUUCUACGAGAGAUACAGGAAGAGUUAAAAGCACUAAAUCUUGAUUCUGCAGAAAUACGCCAGGCCUUUCAGGAGAACACUAACCUCGUCAAAGAGUUGGAAAAACUUCAGUUCCAGAACCAUGUUGAGGUACAGUCAGGAUGAUGAAGGCUAUGGUGUGUGGACGUGACGUGUCUGCACACUCCUGUAUAUUACCU